GGUUUUGGCUAAAAUUCGCGGGGCUCCCUCUCUCCCUCUCUCUUUCUCAAUUGAUCGAUUGAACGUCCUUUCAUCUCAGCCGUCGGCCUGAUUGAAUCAUGCCCGUCCGUUUCAAAUUCCGUAGCUCCGUCGAUUACGACUCCGUCGAAAUCGACGGCCAUCGUUCCAUCUCCGUCCGCGAUUUGAGGAUUAAGAUCGUCCAGCAUAAGAACCUGAAGAUCUGCGAUGACUUCGAUCUCGUCAUCUCAGAUGCCGAAACCGGCAAUGCGUUCGAUGACGAAGAUUUCAUGGUUGCCGAUGGCACAAACGUAAUUAUCAGAAGAGUGCCCGCCGGAAGAUCUGCACCGUCAGAUAUGCUGCAUAUAAACUCGUUUGAGCAUAUGACGAUUAAAGGCUCUGAUUUUGUUGACGCAAUUGGGUCUUCACCAACCACGAAUGUUGAUAUGGACAACUUCGAUGACUUUGGCAUUGAUUUGUAUCCUGCACCUGAGGCAUCCUUGUCAGACUUGGAUCCUGAUGUUGACAAGAGGAACUGCACUAGCAGUGAAAAGGCAAAUCAUGCAGUUCAAAGAUGCUCUGAGCCAUCCAUUUCGAGAUGUCAAAAUAUUGAACCAAGUGAUGUCAGUGAGGCUAUUUCGAGAGGAAUUGUCAAGAAGCAUUGUGAUGUGGAUAAUGGUGUUGAAGGCGAGUUGCAAGUGAAGUUACAAUCGAAAACAGAAGAAAAUAAAAAGUUGAAUGAAGAGGUAGAUACCAGCACUCCAACAAUGCCGAACACCGAUUUGCCUGCUGAACUGAGGUGCUCUCUUUGCAACACGAUUUUCAAGGAUGCCGUGAUGAUACCUUGCUGCCAACAUAGCUUUUGCAACAAGUGUAUUCGUUCGGUAUUGGUUGAAAAGGCGAAGUGCCCCAAGUGUUCUUCAACCAAGUGCAGAGUAGAUGACUUGCUGCCAAAUGUAUCACUCAGGCAGGCAAUUGAGCAUUUUCUUGAGUCUCAAAUACUGAUCAGUGGUUCAGACAACAUUCUUCCUAAAUAUGCACCUGAUGGAGAAUCCGGGAUUCAAGCGAAAGAGGCAUCUUGUGCCAUGUCUAUCCCCCAACGAGAACCACUACUGCCACACUCUCCCACCGCGACAGGGAAAGGAUCCAACCAAGUUACGCCAGAAUCUGCAUAUGAAUCGCGGGCCAGAAAUACUGGAGUAGCUGCUGGUAAUGGUUCGCGUAUCAUUCAUUUGAAUACGGGCAAAUCUGUGAAAUCAACUCCGUCCUUGCACAAGAUAAAACCAAUACAAAGUGGAAAUGAAAGAGAUUCAGCUGCCGAUCAAGCAGGCUUGAGACUGCCUGUUGAUUUUCAAGGCGACUCAAAUUCAGCUAGCAGCAAGAAGAAGGGACUGUGGGUAAAUACAGAUGGAAGUGGAAGUUUCAUUCCAACAAGUAGAUACAGAAAGGGGGACCGCAACUGUUACAUGUGUGGUUCUCCAGACCAUUUGGUAAGGGACUGCCCGGCAGCUUCUAGUCCAUACUCCAUGCUUCAAACAGGAGAUGGUGUUUUUCAAGGAGGCAUUUCAGCAUAUGGGCCACAGUACUGGCAAGGACCUUCAUUACCUCAUGUUAGGCCUUUUGCAAACCUAUAUGGUGCACCUGGAAUGAUGCCCUUUGAUCCCACCAUGGUGCCAGUCACACCUUUUGCAGUUCCUCCUUAUAUGCCAUCAAUGUAUGCUGGCAUGCCGGUACCCUGUGGAUUCAUGAGGAUGGGAGGAACAGUGCCUCCAAUGAUGGCUGGAGCAGAACGCCCUCUUAGUCGUGCAGAGUUUAUGGAACUUCAAGACAAAGAAAGGAGACGCAAGUUUUCAAAUGAGCAUCUGCAGAGGGAACUAAUACAUGAUGGUGACGAUGAUUCGUCGGAAUGCUACCGGUAUGAUGAGCCCCAAAGAAGAUCACGUGACUGUAAACCUCUGUCAGAUAGGGAGAUGGCAGGAAGUGACUCUGAAGAUAGUGGAAACUGGAGAUUACGAAAGAAGCACCAACAUGAUAAACACUCAGAUAGCCUCCCUCGUCAGAGGUCAGGUUUUGUAUCAGAUGAUGAAGACAUCCACUCUGUUAGUCGGAAACAUGAGAAGGGUUCUCAUUUCUCAGCUACUGGAAGAGACAGCAGCAAGGCCUAUUACUCUGAGAAAUCGAAUGUGGAAAUACAAGAUACAUCCGAUAGCUCCAACCGCCACAGUAGAGAUCGGCACAAACACCAUCGGAGAAGUAGCUCGAAGAAGCAUGGUGAACGAAUCGAGCAAUGUGGCAGUGAAUCUAGCCGGAAGAGCCAUCAUCGGAGCUGGAAAGAGGUGUCCGAUGAUCGGAAAAGGGAAGAAACAGACAUGAAAAAGCAUAGCCGGAAACGUAGCAGUCACUCGGCAACUGGUUUGGUGGCACCGAGUUCAUCUGGUGAUCGGAAACGGCAUCGGAAGGAGGAAGAGUCGCGUCACAGCUCCAGACACUCUAGGCACAAGGUGAAGUCCAUGGACGAUGAUUUGUUGAGUGACAGAUGGGAGAUGGGAGAUGGCUUGGAUCAGGAAAACCAAGAAGACUAUCAUUAUCAUAAACACAAGAGAACCCACUAGAACUAUAUUUCAAAGGAUGCAUAAGAGCGCCUACAACAGAUAUCUUCAGAGGUAAAUGUGUAUAUACAUAGGCUUACGCAAUUUAUCCAAUACCCUUCCAUUUUCCUUUAUUAAAAUUGAGAUAUUUGUAGCAAGUCUGUUUAUUAAGUCAGUUUAUUAACUCGGUUUGUCUUCUUUUAUUUCUAUUGGCUUAGAAAGGGUUUAUUAGGAUAUGGUCAUCGUUUUAAACGCACCGUGGAGAUUAAGAUCUAAUGUGAAUUUGGUUGUUUUUGUUGAUACAGAUUUUGUAGAGAUCUGGUGGCCCAUUUGGACAGUAAACAUCUCUGAUUAACCUUUUGUCUUAUUUCUCCGUUUCUAAUAUUUUUUCUGUCUUGAUUUUGAGGUACGGAGGAUAUAGCAAACCCAUGUUUUACCUGGGGGACCUGGUAAAAUAUUGGAAUUUUGAUGGUUUUAACACGUGGCCGUUCAUCUCUUUCCAAAGAUUGAAGCUGGUAAAGGUAUGUUCUCUCCGUUAUAUUGUUUUACAUAGACCAAAAUGCUGUCCUGCUACAUCAUCUCAUUUAUUUCCCAGAAAACGGGGAAAAGAAAAAAGCUGCAAAACAAAACUCAGUUCUUUGUUUUUCUUAACAAGGAUGAUCAUAUGGACAUUUGAUGUGUGAAUAAGUAAGACGUGAAGUCUUCAAAUAAAUGAAUAAAUAAAAUAAGAAUAAAAAGAAAACGAAAAAAAGAAGUGAGACCUUGAAGAAA